UCCACCGCGCAUUUUCUGCUGCAUUCCGCUGCCAUGUCAACCUUGAAGCCGCCACUGCCACGCUCUGAAUCUGAGCUGGGCAAAAACCUGGAAACCAAGGGCACCAACUCCUACUACUACGCGCACAAUGAGUCCUGGGAGGUGCCCGGGCAUGCGAAGGUGAGAUCAGGGCCAGGGCUGGUGACUGGUGGGGCGCCCGUGAAGCUAGGUGCGGAUGGACAAACCCAGCAGGUGCAGGGCUACCAGUCGCCUCAUGGAGGCGAUGACGUCACAGGAGAUGUGGUAGCGGAGCUGCGAAAAAGAGUGGAAGAACUGGAAAGUGAACUGGUUCAGGCUCGGGCGGGAACCAAAGCCAUCUCGCAGUUCUCCUUCAGUGACGAGGGGGCGAAGUGUAAGGUCUAUGUUGAUGUUGAGAAGGAUGUGCUGGAGAGGCAGCUGGAGCAGGAAGAUUCCAACUCCACCAGCGAGGCAGCAGUGGUGGUCUCCUUUUGUGGCAGGAGCUGCAGCCUCCGAAUCACCCUCACGGCACCUGAUGGAGCUGUGUUGGAGCGACGUGCUUUGACGCUGGUGGGUGACUCGGACAUUGUCCCAAAGAAGUGCACCUACAAGGUGGACCGCAGCAAGGGGCGCAUCACUUUGAGUUUCUACAAGGAGGAUGCUAAGAAAAUCUGGCACAAUGUGAAACCUCAAAAGACGUGAGGCUCGAGGCUCAGAUAGCAGAAGAUCUUGCGCCAAAAAA